AUUUUCUUUUUUUUUUUUAUUAGAAAGAACAACCGGGAAAACCCCGUCGUUUGUUCAAUGGCGAACUGAUUGAAUUCCAUGAUUGUUUUUCUUUUUCGUUCGCCAAAGUCUUCGAAUCCCACUAAUUUCAAGCAAUGAUUCGACAUUGCUUUGUUACGAAACUCCGCUUAAAUGCCUAAUCAAGGAAUCGUUUUACCAGAUUAACAAAUUCAAGAUUCCCGUUGGAACUGGAAGUCAAAAAUCCGUUCCACUUUCCAUUUCUCUUUUUCUCUUUUCUUGCAGAAGGAUUUGAUUUUAGUAUCUUCGUUGUGCGUUCCUGCUUUGAAGUGAAGUGGAUUUUCCCAUCAAUCGCGGAUAGGGGAAGCAAUUUGAGAAACCGAGACGAUGGCGGCGGCAGGCUCUUGUGUUUGAACGUUUCUGGUUUUCAUACCUCGUUUUUUCUGUUUUUCUUUUCCUUAAGUCGGUGAAGAGGCGUGGCGUAAUGGAAUUACAUAGCUACGUAUUUUGAUUUCAAUAAAAGCUUGAAAUCUUCUUUAAAACUUCAUUUGUGAGAGAGAAUAAUUUCUCUUUGGCCAGUUGGACUUGGAUUAAACCCUUUUGGAUAUACUGGUAUCUGCCUUGUAGCUGAGGAUUUUGAUUAAUUUUGGCUGAUUUCAUCGUUGUUCUUUGUUCAUUAGACAAGAAGAGGUUCUUAAGAUUUGGAAGAGAAUCUGAUUUCAUUGUCUUUCUUUGUUCAUUAGACAAGAAGAGGUUCUUAAGAUUUGGAAGAAUCUGAUUUCAUCGUCUUUCUUUGUUCAUUAGACAAGAAGAGGUUCUUAAGAUUUGGAAGAAUUUGAUAGAGUCUGAAAUUGAUGGGGGCUGCAAAUUCAAGGGAGGAACCAUCGGUUCGGUCCGUUUCAUCGUCGUCAUGGAGUGAUGCAUAUGCUCAAUCCCCAUAUACUCAAACCCCUUAUGCUCAGGAAACAUAUGCUCGACCCCCAUAUGGUCAGCAAAGUCAGAGUUAUGUGCCACAGCAAUCAUUUUCCUCACCGCAGUAUUACCCUCCUCCUGAAAACUACCAUGGUGGUGCUGCUGCUGAUAAUAGAAAGAAGUUCGACAGACGAUACUCGAGAAUUGCUGAUGAUUACAAGUCCUUCGAGGAGGUAACAGGAGCUCUUGCUCGUGCUGGGCUCGAGUCGUCCAAUCUCAUUAUUGGAAUUGAUUUCACAAAGAGCAAUGAAUGGACAGGUGCAAGAUCAUUUAACAAACGAAGCCUUCAUGACAUCAGUAAUGGUCCCAAUCCUUAUGAACAAGCCAUAUCCAUUGUCGGGAAAACGAUGUCUGCUUUUGAUGACGAUAAUUUGAUUCCGUGUCUUGGAUUUGGAGAUGCAUCUACACACGAUCAAGAUGUCUUUAGUUUCUAUCCAGAAGGGAGAUUUUGUAAUGGAUUUGAGGACGUGUUGAAUCGUUAUAGGGAAAUCGUUCCCCAUCUACGUCUUGCAGGACCAACGUCAUUUGCACCUGUUAUUGAGAUGGCAACGACAAUUGUGGAGCAGAGUGGUGGCCAGUAUCACGUUCUGUUGAUAAUUGCUGAUGGGCAGGUGACUAGAAGUGUGGACACUGAGCAUGGGAGGCUAAGUCCACAAGAACAGAAAACAGUUGAUGCCAUUGUUGCAGCAAGCAAUUUCCCCCUUUCAAUCGUUUUAGUUGGUGUCGGGGAUGGACCGUGGGAUACAAUGAAAGAAUUCGACGAUAAUAUCCCCGCCCGUGCCUUCGAUAAUUUUCAGUUUGUGAAUUUUACUGCAAUCAUGUCAAAGAAUGUUCCCCAGUCCCGGAAGGAGACAGAAUUUGCACUUGCAGCUCUGAUGGAGAUUCCUUCUCAAUAUAAAGCCACCUUGGAGCUUAAUCUACUAGGGACUCGGAAAGGCAAUGCUCCAAAGAGGAUUCCACUUCCUCCACCUGUUGCAGCAUCUUUCAGCAGACCAAGACCUCCUCAAUCCUAUAAUUUUCUGCCCAGCGUGCCUCCAUAUCCUGGGGAUAAUAAUUCAAUCGAAACUGUUCGUUCGAUCGACCUUUCAUCCUACGAUGACAAGUUAUGCGGCAUUUGCCUUAGUAACCCAAAGGACUUGGCAUUUGGUUGUGGACAUCAGACUUGUGGCGAAUGCGGACAGGAUCUUCAAAUAUGCCCGUUCUGCCGGAGUGCAAUCCACACACGGUUAAAGCUCUACUGAUCAAAUCUCAACGAGUCAUACUCGUCGAAACAAUCAUCAUGCAAGUUCGUGAUAUGAUACACAGGCAUAAUGCCUCGAUAUCGAACAAUUGCUUGGCCCUAUAGAUGUGAAAAUGUAGGCAAACAAUUCUAUUCAUACCUUUUGUUACAGAAUGAUGCUUUUAUCAAAGUUUGAUGGUUUGAGUCUUCUUGGUUCCAGUAGCCAUGGUCAGAGGAGGAAGGAGGUGUUGAAAAGGAAAUUUGGCCACUGGAAUUCAUUUUUUUCUUUCUUAAAUUUAUUUAUCCAUUGUCUUUGCACAUAGAAAAAUAUGUUAUGUAAUGUAAUGUAAUGAUAUUUUUGUGCACUUUUCGGCAAGUUACUUUAUCAAUGAAAAAUAAGGUAAAUUUAUCCU